ACAGAGAAAUUACUUGGCGAAAAUGUCAGAUUGGGGUCCGGUUUUCAUCUCCGUGGUGCUCUUCAUACUCCUUUCGCCCGGUCUGAUAUUUCAGCUACCAGGCCACACCCGGUUCGUGAACUUCGGGAACUUCCAAACCAGCGGAGCAUCGAUUUUCCUGCACUCCAUCAUCUACUUCGCCUUUAUUUGCAUCUUCCUAUUAGCCGUUCGUGUUCACAUGUACAUCGCACCUAAUCCGGGUCCUUUAUUUACUCGCGCGAGUAAGAUCCAGCAAUUUUUUCUUUAUAAUUCGAGAAUCGAUUCCAAACGUGCUAACGCCGAUUAUUGUUCGUUCCUUCCGCCUUCAGCCACUCGAUCUGCUCUUCCUUCAAAAACUCGCCGUCUGUGUUUUUUGAUAAGAUCGUCGGCGAUGGGGGACUGGGCUCCCGUUGUAAUCGGCGUGGUACUGUUUAUACUACUCUCACCGGGCCUCCUCUUCCAGCUACCGGGUAACAACCGACACGUGGAGUUUGGGAGCUUCCACACCAACGGCAAGGCCAUUGCUGUCCACACUCUUAUCUUCUUUGCCGUUUUUACUAUCCUCAUUUUAGCUGUCGGCAUCCACAUUUAUACCGGUUGAUCCGGUAAUAAACACAUACACACAUUUCCCUUCUCUCGCCUUCAUUGGUUGUGGUUGUGUAGUCUUGCUAUGGUUGUUAUUUUUGUCGUUGUUGUGAAAUUAAUGGAAUGAAUGAUUUUUCUAA